GGAUCGGGUUAGUGUAGAUCUUUGACGUCUUUGCCUCGGCUCUUGCCGAAUCAGCCGCCACCAAGACAUUCACCACACCUCAUAUCGAAGUGUAGCAGAUCAUACCCUUCCUUAGAAUCAAUUAAAUCUCUAAAUAACCUAACAUCACAAAUUAUCGACCACUACAUAUCUUCCUCUACAAUAUAGUCGAAACCACACCUAUCAUCAAAAUGGCCGCUUGCACAGCGAAUCUAACACGCACCCUCUCACAUCUCCGCGCCUCAACCCUCUCCUUAUCAACGCGAACCGUCUCACGAACAAUACCACAAACUCUCCAAUCGCACCGCCGCUACGCCUCAAACUUCGACUCCAUGCCCUCGCCCUUCCGUCUCCCCCCGGAAGAACAAGCCGAAUUCGAGCGUCUACAACGCACAGCCAACACGCAAGAAGGCUUCAACCCAACAUCAUCACCCGAUUUCUCCACCCCUACCACCACUACCACUACAUCCACAAAGACAUCCACCACAUCCACGUCUUCCCCAAACCCCAGCGCCGCAUCAGCAUCGUCCACAGACCCAGAAGCCCCCACCCCUCUCCGCAAGGGCGCGCCCCCGGAAUUCGAAGGCGAAGUGAACCCGCGCACGGGCGAGGUCGGCGGGCCCAAGAACGAGCCGCUGCGCUGGGGCGCGGGAGGGGAUUACAGUUAUAAUGGGCGGGUGACGGAUUUCUGAUGUGUUUAUAUGCGUGGUUUGUGUUUUUGUUACGAAAUGAUCUAUUGAUUUAUGAAUUUACAAACUUUUGCGAGGCAUACACGUCAACGCGCACACAAAGAGAGAGAGGGGG